UUGCCGAUUAGGCAGUAUCAACAUGGCAGCUUUCUGAGUUUUGGAGGAGGGGACCUGGUGUAAAUAAACACAAAUUUCACGUUUUACAGAUAACGACAGCGUUUGCGUGUUUGUGUUCGGGACUGGUCGGGCCGUAGAGGGAAAAUGUCGACCGACGGGAAUAAAAAACAGUUCUGGAAAAGAAACGCAGCGAAGGUUCCUGGCAGCAUUCAGCAUGUGUAUGGCGCACAACAUCCACCUUUCGAUCCUCUCCUUCAUGCUAACCUGAUUAAAGCAGGUAACAAGCCUCCUCCAGCCACGCCAGGCAAGCCCAAGAAGGCCACCACCUUUCAGGAGUUUGAGAGCAUCACAAGUGAUGCCUGGGAUGUUGGAGACGAUGAUGACGAGUUGUUGGCUAUGGCUGCACAGAAUCUUAAUAUCGAGGUGGUCAUGGAGACAGCGAAUAAGGUGAUCGAGAAUCACAGCAAGCAGCAGGAGAGGCAGAGGCAGGAUGACACGACAGAGCUUGAACCGAGAGAAGAGGACACACAGGAGGAGGUGGCAGAGGACGAGGAGGAGGAUGAGGAAGAGGAGGAGUACAGGGUGGGGGAAGGAGACGUGACCAGCCCAGAGGUGUCGUUUGCGUCCCAGAGCAGCCCUUACACUGAUGGCCGCCUAGUGAAGUCCCACAGCGAAGCUCCAAUUGGGUCACCUAAAGAUGCAGCAGGUGAGCGUGCAGCCCUCCACAGACAACGGUCUCUGCCCCACCGGCAGCCCGUCAUCCCGCUCGUCGCUCGCAUGGCUGACCAGAACACAUCUGGCACCCCGGCCAUGACCGAGAGGGAAGCGUCCCGUCUGGAUAAGUUCAAACAGUUGUUGGCCGGGCCCAACACAGAUCUGGAAGAGCUACGGAAACUCAGCUGGUCUGGAAUUCCUCGACAGGUCCGACCAAUAACGUGGAAGCUCCUUUCAGGUUACCUGCCAGCUAAUGCAGAAAGGAGAGACAGCGUCCUACAGAGGAAGAGGCAAGAAUAUUUUGGCUUCAUCCAGCAAUACUACGACUCCCGCAAUGACGAACACCAUCAGGACACAUACAGACAGAUUCACAUUGACAUACCGAGAACUAAUCCCCUUAUUCCUCUUUUUCAACAAGCUUCUGUCCAAGAGAUAUUUGAGCGGAUCCUGUUUAUCUGGGCCAUCCGCCACCCUGCCAGCGGCUAUGUGCAAGGCAUCAACGACCUGGUCACGCCAUUCUUUGUCGUCUACGUCUUUGAGUACAUCGAGGAGGAAGUGGAAAACUUUGACGUGUCCAGUCUCCAGGAAGAGGCUCUGAGGAACAUCGAGGCUGACAGCUUCUGGUGCAUGAGCAAACUGCUGGACGGCAUCCAGGACAACUAUACAUUUGCCCAGCCAGGCAUCCAGAGGAAAGUCAAGGCCUUGGAGGAACUGGUCAGCAGGAUUGAUGAGUCUGUGCACCGCCAUAUGCAGCAGUAUGAGGUGGAGUACCUGCAGUUUGCCUUCCGCUGGAUGAACAACCUCCUGAUGAGGGAGCUGCCACUUCGCUGCACGAUCAGACUGUGGGACACCUACCAGGCUGAACCAGAGGGCUUCUCGCAUUUCCACCUCUACGUGUGCGCCGCCUUCCUGGUGAGGUGGAGGAAAGAGAUUCUCGAGGAGAGGGAUUUUCAGGGUCUGAUGAUCCUCCUGCAGAACCUUCCCACAAUGCACUGGGGCAAUGAGGAAGUGAGCGUGCUGCUGGCCGAAGCCUACAGGUUGAAGUUUGCCUUCGCUGACGCGCCCAACCACUACAAGAGAUGAUAAGCGUGGCUCUGUGCAGCUGCCCUCCUCCUCCUCCUCCUCCUCCUCCUCCUCCUCUCGUGCCCUGCGGUCGUCUACUGAACUUAGAGGCCUCUGUUGCCAAAUGGAAGGACCUCCCCUCCCCGUUUCUUAACCUCCCUUUCCCAUAUUGCCCGGUGGGCCUUUCAGCUACUAAGAGAUUUGAAUCAACCAAUGACUGAGAGGACGUGCAGUGUAGCAUUCUAACAUGUCUUUUUUUAAAUUAUUUUUUUUCUGAUCAGCUCUGAAAUGUGCACUCCGUCGGUCCAGUGCAGAACGAACCCUCUCCAUUGCCGAAGACCAUACAUUUUUUUUUUUUUUGUUUUGUUUUGUUUUGUUGAAGGUCGGUCAAUCAGGCCGACGCCUCGGAGUCCAGCCUCAGGCCUGAUGCAGGACCGUAUUGCUCAUCAGCACCGGGGGGCUCAGUCUGGCUCACAAAAAAAUAUAUAUAUAUUUUCUGCUAAUUGUUAUCUCCACUACCAUGGAAAUACAUCGCUUUUUUUUCCCCCAGAGGCAAAAAUGUGACAGCUUCUUUGGCAGAGGGGCGCGCUGCAAGAUGGUUUACAGAUCCGAGCCCCCUCUCUGCUGGUCGCAGCACAACCUGAAGGAACGACUCCCGUGUUUUCUUCGCUCGCCUGCUUUGCGACACAGGUCGUUUCUCUUCAAAAACACAUUUGGACUUUGCAGAGAGAUGGUCAGUCUGUGAGGCGAACGAGUCUCCCUCCCUCCACGAACCACACAUACACACACCUUUAACACAGCAGUUCAGGAGUCACAUCGCAGAACGCUGUAAGGGUUUCCUUCCAUCUGCGUCAUGUGAAGGCUGUCAUUUAUUAACUGUCUCUCCUCCUCUCUGAACCCAGGACUACCUCAGAGCACACACACCAGUGGUGAGAGCUAGAAAUCCUCUCAAAAAGGCGUGCACAGGCGAUAACAAACACGCGUCAUUAGGAUAUAUGUAAUAUGCAUUUGCAGUCUAAAUAAUCUAGAGUUUAGUCAUUGUACUGGGAGCUAAAUUUGGUAUUCAGGGGAAAAAAAAUGCUUUGUUGCAGGGUUGAUUUGGAGGUAGAGAUCCAAAUGAACAAUUUUGCCUUACUUAAAGGGGCAUUAUGUAGUUCUGGAGAAGAAAUUCAGACAAAUGUUAAUGAGGUAUUAAUAGGAGAAAUAUUUAUUGGUUCCAUAACUGGAUAAACAAGCUGUUCUCAGAGGAAAAUAAGGUCCUAGAACACUGUUUGAAGCUGGAAAGUUGGCAGGGUCCGCCAACUUUGUUGUCCUUUUAAGAUCAGUUUGUUUAUUCAAGGUGUGUUUAUUUAGCAUCAAAAAUCAGUUAAAAUGGCUUCACCAAAACUACAUAGUGCAUCAAGAUCCGUUUCUUUGUUUUUCUUCUUGUUCUUCGGACCCUGUUUUCAUCACGCCACCCUCUGAAGUUCUGUCCUGAACUCAGCUUUAUCCUUUCAUUCUUAUUAAUACCCAUCAUCCACAAAACCUUCCCUGCCAAGUCAUUUUAAUGCCUAUACACAUAUAAAAGCAGCAGAUGGAAUUUUUUGAAUUUUGAAUUGAAUUGUAUGUAACUGCUGCUAGAUCUACAGAGUAACUUCUUCACUUGUGUGCACUUGAAAGUGUUACGUUCUAACUUCAUAUCCCGCACAGAUGGCCAGUUUAUCCAGAGCGGAUCAUCAGAGAUAUCGGAGAGUGCGACGUCCUGGAGAUGUUGUAGACACACUUGUAACACAAAGCGCCAUCCUCACUCAGCUUCAGGAUCCGGCAAUCUCCGUAUCCUCCAUACUGUCGUAAGAAACAAGAGGUAAUCUGCGCCAGAGCCAGUCCCUUCGCUGUACAUUAAAAAAAAAAAAAAAACAGUGAUGAAAGAGAAAGGGAUUGUCUAAAAAUGGCGAGCUGCACAUGAAUGAACAAAAACAGCAGGUGCAGUCAGACACAGUCGUAUUAUUCUUGUGCACGUGACCCCUGUUUAACCCUGAUCAUAUGUGCUCCGUUCACACAGAGCACAUGGGAAGUCAGUAACACCAUAUUGGUGUAAUGUUAAGAGGAGCUGGAGGGUUAGGGCGGGGUCGGCGAUCAGACAUUCAUGACAUAACACGGAGCUGUUAACGUUCGGAGCCUCCCGCUGCGACUCCGGCAGGAUCCAUUAUUGUCACUCCAGCCCACAAACAGGGUGUGUUUAGGUGUGUGAGGGGGAGAAGGAGGGAGAGAGGGGACCAGGCUGCGUUCCUUUGGAAGUUCCAGCGCUUUUUCUCUGAGAGCUGUCAGUCUUUGAUCACAUGGUGGGAUUCCUUUUUUUUUUUUUUAUACUCAAUCUGCACCGGUUUCACAAGCCCCUCAUCUCCCAUGCUCUCUGACAAGGAAAAACUGCACUUAAAAGUCUAUAGCCUUUUUUCCUUCUUAUUCUCUUUUUUUUUAAUAUGAGAUAUAUUCUUUCAAUCAGCAUUUUAAAGAUUUGUCUUUUUUCUUGAUUCUUUUUUUUUUUUUUCAUUCUGUUUACAUGACCAGCCUAUUAAGUUGUGCCUGACCGUGGAGAGACAUGAAACAACAUCGUCAUUAUGUUUUCGACCUCAGAUGAACUUGAAAAGAGUUUUGCAAGCAAUAGUAUGACGUUUUGGAUUUGCUGUGAAAAAGGAAGAAAAGUGUAUCUGCACGUCUAGUUUUCCAACAUGAACUGUUCGAUUAUACUCCGGGCAUUUAAUAGUUCGAACAUGGCAGCUGAUUGUUUGCUAAACCCCGCCCCCAAACCGGGGGUCGUCUGCAGACCUGUCCAGCUUUACAUCUCUCCAUGUUGAAGCAGUGUGCAGGGGGAACUCUGCUGAGACAAAUGUUCAAUAUCUAAAGUGUCUGGAGAGUGGUGGGGCUUUUUCAAGCCUCUUCAAAACUUAAACACAAGUUUAACUGUAAGGAAUAAAUUAAAUACGGUGUUAGCUUACCAUCUAAUUACCUACGGUACUAGAUAAUUAGCUUAUGUUAGCGUUUCACAAGAUUUUAAAUCAACUCGUGUAGCUAAUGUUAUCUUUAUUAGCUAGCUAGCGUCAGCUGAUAAAAUCUGCCACUGGCCUGCGUUGAGAAUCUGCUUUUGUCGUCUCAAAAUCAAGGACUCAUAUACAGACAAUUCUGAAAUCUGCCACUGCUAUCACUGUAAACUGCUCAUAUAGGGAGAAAGGAAAGCUUGACAGGUGUAGCAACUGCAACUCAGACAGACGAGGAUUCGCAAACAGUCAUUUAUUGUCCUGUUUAUUAUCCAAAGCCCUUACUUUUCAAGAAGUUACGUUGCCUUAUUGCACACAUUCAUGUUGAUCACAGGAAAGGGGGGGAUGGGGAUGGUGGUGGGGGCGUAACAAGAACAAGUAAUGUUCAACGUUGACAUUUGCUGUGCGUAUGUAUGUGUGUGUGUGAGAGAGAGAGUGUGUGUGUGUGUCACGGUCAAACAGAGAAGGCUCAGACCUUCUACCUCUACCCCCCUUUCUUCUUCUUUUCAAAUCAUUAAGAGUUUAUUUUUGCUGUGAUGGCGGAUGCAGUAAUUUCCCUUUAAUGAGAAGUAGCUGCCUACUCACACUGGUGUGUAAAGACAUGGUAUACACACACACACACACACACACACACACACACACACACACACAGGCUACCAGUUUCAAGUUCAACCUGACUGUAACCCACUGACAGUACACACACACUGUCUCCUUGGUGAUGAAGGCCGAGGUGGUAUCUGGCUGGAGCCCUAAGCGCGCACACACACACACACGCACACACACAAAAAACAUUCUUUGGAGCUUCUUCAGGAGGGUGUCCUAAAGUAACAUCUUCAGCUGCUUUUGUAUCUUUUUUUUUGUUUUUUUAUUUCUGCCUCUCCUUCUCCAAAAUACAUUUAUGAAAAAACCAAACUGAAGAGUACAAAUAAAAUCCUCCCCCUUUUGUCUUAUUGCCUCUAACAAUACUAGAGUGUGUGGGUGACAGACAGGAGUCGCGGUUCUUGAAUUUAAAAUUGUGUACAGAGAAGAUUUUGAAACAAAAAAUCUGUAAAUAGAAAGUGUAAAUAAAUCCUAUAUAUGACAAAGUUG